CACCAACUGACACUAACACUAACACCAACACUAACACCAUGUCCCAGCAACAGAUUGAUCCCACUCAGAUCAAGCAGGAGGAGCAUGUCGGCGGCGAGGCCGUGCAGACAGAGGCUCCUCACGACGCAGAACUGAAUCGUCUGCGUGCAGAGAAUGAGCAGCUUCGACGCAGCUUGGAGCAGGACCAGCAGGCAAGAGCCGAGGCUGAGGCUGCCAAGGAGCGUGCCGAAGCUGCUCUGAAGGAGCCUGAGCUUAUCCAUAGCCAGGCUAUAAAGGAUCUUCAGCAGCAACUGGAGCGGGAGCAGCAGGCGCGAGCCGAAGCUGAAUCCGCAAUUGUCGCUCUGGAAGGUGCGUGUGGUCAUCUUGAAUCACAAGCAACUCAGAUGUUCGAAAGGACGAACAAUGAGGCGAGCGAAGCCCUGAAAAUGGUCCGUACCUACAAGGAUACGUGUGACACCUGGGCGGCUAUGUACAAUAAGCUCGACUCGGACUUCGAGAAGCUCGUCGAGGCUUACAAGAACCUCGACUUGGACCACAAAAGGCUCAAAGCCGGGGUCAAAGCCGGGGUCGAAGGGAUCAAAAAGGUUAUGGACGACUACGCGAAGUAA